CAGAUGAAAAAAAACAAAACACGGAUGGAUAACUCUGGCUGGCUUUCAAAAUUCAACUUCCGGUUUGAGAAAAAUCUCAUCGUUGUGUUUACGGACGGUCGGUCUGGUGUACAGCAGUAGUACAGUAGUUGCCACUCCACUCAUCGCAGAUUAACAAGAAGCGAGCGAGCCUGUCUUGUUCCCUUCAGUGUUGCAGAAGAAAGAUUCUUCUGUCUUCAAAAUGGAUGCCUCAGGCGAUGGCGAUGGUGCAAAGAUCAAAAUGCCUCGCGUGGCGAAGGUCAAGAACAAGAUGGCAGCCCCGGUGCAGAUCACCGCGGAGCAGCUGCUACGUGAAGCAAAAGAACGUGAGUUGGAGCUGGUACCUCCGCCUCCCAAGCAGAAGAUCUCAGAUCCUGAUGAAUUGGCGGACUACCGAAUGAGGAAAAGAAAGAUGUUUGAAGACAAUAUUCGGAAAAACCGUUCUGUGAUGACAAAUUGGAUCAAAUAUGCACAAUGGGAAGAGAGUCAAAAGGAACUUCAGAGGGCUCGUUCUAUUUGGGAGAGAGCAUUAGAUGUCGACCAUCGAAAUAUCACUGUGUGGCUCAAGUAUGCAGAGAUGGAAAUGAGGUGUCGUCAAAUUAAUCAUGCUCGAAACAUUUGGGACAGAGCUGUCAUGGUCUUGCCCAGAGCCAACCAGUUUUGGUACAAGUACACCUACAUGGAAGAAAUGUUAGGAAACAUUGCGGGAGGCCGCCAGGUUUUUGAGCGCUGGAUGGAGUGGGAGCCUGAAGAACAAGCGUGGCAUUCAUACAUCAACUUUGAGUUGCGCUACAAAGAGCUGGACAGAGCAAGGACUAUUUACGAAAAAUUUGUACUAGUCCAUCCUGAGGUCAAGAACUGGAUCAAGUACGCCAAGUUUGAGGAGAAAAAUGGCUACAUCAACAGUGCACGAUCCAUUUAUGAACGAGCGGUGGAAUUUUUUGGUGAAGACAACAUAAGCGAGCAGAUGCUGAUUGCCUUUGCCAAGUUUGAAGAGGGCCAGAGAGAGCAUGAGCGUGCUAGAGUGGUGUACAAAUAUGCUCUGGAUCACUUGCCCAAGGAGCAAUGUGAAGAGGUCUACAAACACUACACUGUGCAUGAGAAAAAAUUUGGCAGCAGAGCAGCCAUUGAAGAUGUCAUUGUGAAUAAAAGAAGGUUCAAAUAUGAAGAGGAAGUGAAAGCCAACCCCAUGAACUAUGACGCUUGGUUUGAUUUACUGCGUUUGUUGGAGUCUGAUGGGGAGUUAGAACAAGUCCGAGACACGUAUGAGAGAGCCAUAGCCAACAUUCCUCCCUCCCAGGUGAAGCGGCACUGGCGACGUUACAUCUACCUGUGGAUCAAUUACGCCUUGUACGAGGAGCUGGAGGCGGAAGACAUGGAGCGCACACGAGAAGUUUACAAAGCCUGCCUGGACGUCAUACCACACAAGAAGUUCACCUUUGCCAAGAUCUGGCUUAUGCUUGCCCAGUUUGAGAUCCGACAGAAAGAUUUGAAUGGAGCUCGGAGAGUUUUGGGAACAGCUAUAGGCAAAUGUCCAAAGAACAAAGUGUUCAGAGGCUACAUAGAUCUGGAGUUACAGCUGAGAGAGUUUGAUCGCUGUCGUAUGCUCUACCAGAAGUUCCUUGAGUUUAGUCCCGAAAAUUGCACCACAUGGAUGAAGUAUGCAGAGCUGGAAACUAUCCUCGGAGACAUUGACCGAGCUCGGGCUGUCCUUGAACUGGCCAUUGACCAACCGCGACUCGACAUGCCUGAGGUCUUGUGGAAGGCGUACAUUGACUUCGAGGUUGAGCAGGAGGAGUUUGACAAUGCCCGGAGACUCUACAGGCGCUUAUUGCAGAGAACUCAACAUGUGAAGGUGUGGACGAGUUUCGCCAGGUUUGAGUUAACGUUGCCGGAUGAGAGGGCAUUGGAAAAGGCGCGGGCUGUCUUCCGAGAAGCGAAUUUGGAGCUGAAGACAUCAGACGACAAGGAGGAACGUUUGCUGUUGCUGGAGUCUUGGCAGGCAGUAGAGGAGGAGGCUGGGGAUGAGGCAUCUAGAGACGAGGUGGAGAAAUUAAUGCCACAGAAAGUCAAGAAAAGGAGAAAGAUCCAGACAGAGGAUGGGUCUGAUGCUGGAUGGGAGGAAUACUUUGACUACAUCUUCCCUGAUGAAGAAGCGGCCAAACCUAACCUUAAACUGCUUGCAUUGGCCAAGAAAUGGAAAGAGACGAAGGAAAAAGAGCCAGAAACCUCAGAAAACGCAGAAGAUUCAUGACCUGUUGAUGCGUGUUGAUUUGACUGAAUUUUUUUAUGAAAGAGAGCUGGGAGAGUAUGGCUGGUGUGAUAAAGUGAAUGUGGGAGUGUAUUGGCUUGUUAUUGUUGUUGUAUAUGGUUGGGUAACUGAUGGACCAGUCAAGAACCAGUCAAGACGAAAAAUUCUUUUGCAUGCUAUGGCACAUGUUUGUUCUUGAUUUAUUCUACUUCAGCAGGGAUUUGUUAUGCUUUUAUAAUGCAUUUUGUGCAAGAAACAACGUUUGAUGUCCCUUUCUUUUUACAGCAGCUAAAUUUUGUGUAGUUUCGUAGUGUGAAACAGAUCAAAUUACCUACUAUUUUCUUCACUCUGGGUUAAGCAUGGUUUUGGCAGAGAAAGAUGAAAGAAUUUAUUAUAUUAGAAUAACAUGCUGAAUAUCGCAGGUGUCAUAAGCGAUCCGUUUGGGUACUGUUCACACCAGAGACUAAAAAACCCCAACCAACUAGUUUUUGUUGUGUUGUUCCUAUCAGGAGUCAUGAAAGGCAAGAAACUGUACGCCCUGACAAUAAUAAUGAUAUUAAACUUCAUUUUGGUGAUGUUGAAAGGUGCAUUGUUGAUACAGCUUAGUGAGGGUGUAAAAAUCGAAAAUUAAAAAAAUUUGGACUUCCGUGGAUUGAUUGCAACAGCAAUGAUAAUAUGUUUCUUUUCUUUGGUUUGAGACAAUGUGAAUAAAUUUUAGGAAUAAUUUCUGAAAACGCAAUCUUAAAAAACUCAAAGAACAUGUACUUCGCUUUGUAUAUUUGAAAGUUUUCUGUACAGAAUUGCGUGUUAUUUUUUUGUUAACACUCAUUUUGUGUUGUUAUGAAUGAUUUUGUAGGACUUUGAAUGUUUCUGUUUGUUGACUUCAUCCAUUUUCCAUACCAAUGACACACAUUGUUUAUGUAAAUAAUAAACUGGAAUAAAUUGCAUUUCAAAAUGUA